UUCUUUCUUCUGAUUAAUCCAGCAAGCGCUUCAAGGCAUUUGCAUAUUGGGCGUGUUCAAAUUAAUAAAGCGGCUAGCCUGCUCGCUAAGCAAAUAAAUAUGAUUGGUUGUUUCUUAUAGAUUCAACUUCACUGCUAUUGGAUGUUCCAAAAUUUACUGCCUUACUGAAAAUCUAUAGUACACGUAACGGAAACUGUAGCAUUUUCAGCGCUGGCCGCGCUGGCAAAUUUGGAACACAGCUGACAACUAUAGUUGAUUAGUUUAACAUCAUUUACUUACUGAUUAACUAUCAGAAUUUACGAGCAUUUCUUUAAUGCGACAUGAAUGUUGUGCUUGUAACUGGCGGUACAGGACUCGUUGGUAGAGGAAUUCAAAAUGUUAUCGAAAAUGAUAAAAGAGAAAACGAAAAGUGGAUAUUUGUUGGAUCCAAAGAUGCAGAUUUAGGUGACAAAGAGAGUACACGGAAGUUAUUCGAGCAUCAUAAACCGACACAUGUCAUUCAUUUAGCUGCUAUGGUUGGUGGUCUCUUCCACAAUAUGUCACAUAAUUUAGACUUUCUGCGGAACAAUAUACACAUGAAUGAUAAUGUUCUGCACAUUGCUCACGAGAACAAUAUCGUGAAGGUUGUCUCGUGUCUUUCCACUUGUAUAUUUCCUGAUAAAAUAUCUUAUCCAAUAGAUGAAACUAUGGUUCACAAUGGACCACCACAUUCCUCGAAUUAUGGUUAUAGUUAUGCCAAGCGACUCAUAGAUAUUGCUAACAGAGGUUACUAUGAUCAGCACGGCAGGCUGUAUACCAGUGUGAUUCCUUGCAACGUAUUCGGUCCACAUGAUAAUUUUCAUCUUAAUGAUAGUCAUGUAAUACCUGGUUUAAUGCGAAGGCUUUAUGAUUUGUGCAAAGAUGGAAAUACAGAAGAUAAAGUAUUCACUGUAUUGGGCUCUGGUAAACCUUUAAGGCAAUUUAUCUACAGCAUAGACCUAGCAAAAUUAAUAAUUUGGGUGCUGCGGGAAUAUGAUUCUGUAGAACCAAUUAUACUAUCAGUGGACGAAGCGCAAGAAAAAUCAAUAGCACAAGUGGCAGAGACUCUGGCGCAAACUUUCAAUUUUAAGGGAAAAGUAGUGUAUGAUAUAUCGGCAGCGGAUGGACAAUUCAAAAAAACAGCAAGCAAUGCAAAAUUACGAAAGUAUCUGCCUGAUUUUCAAUUUACACCUUUUGAACAAGCAAUUAAAGAAACUGUUGAUUGGUAUAUAAAAAACUACGAUCAAGCGAGGAAUUAAAAUCGAGGUUGCAAUUUAUUAUAAUCUUGCGAUAAUUCAUACUUUAAAAUAUGAACUGAAGUAUAGUUCACUAGAAUUCAAAUAUAUCAAUGGUAAAUAAUGUAAGUUGUUGUUAAGAAUGAAUGAUGAAAGUGUAUGAUGAAAAAUGAUGAAAAUGUACUGAAGAUUGAGUAGUACA